UAAUUUUGUUUAAUUUAUUAUUUAAAAUUAUUAUCGUAUUUUGUGUCCAAGUGUAUUAAAAAUUAAAAACUAUGGCUACACAAGUAUCUACAAGUACAAACAAGGGGCCUAUUAUAGAUCCUGCGUUUUGCCGUUGUUGUCGUUCUAUAAAAAAAUGUCGACUUCUUUCGACUGAAUACGAUUGGAGAGGCACCAAGGAAGUUUAUUCAGAUAUGUUUAUGGAUGUAUUUGGACUACUCAUAUCCCAUCUCGACGGAGAAGCAAAGGACACAUGUAUAUGUGCCACCUGCGUCGGCAGGCUGCGGGAAGCCAGCGCGUUCAGACAGCAAGUGCUGACGUGUGAGGAAAUGUUUCUGAACGCUCGCAUGCAGAGCAAAGAAGAUACAGAUGGAUCAGUGAAAGUGGAGGUAAAAAUAGAGCCCAGCAGCGAUGGAGAAUCCAAUGAUGAUUUACCACUAGUACAGAAUGAUGAAAAUAGAAUAUCAGAAGAUAAGGAAGAACAAUUGAAAAGGGAAGAAGUAAUUUCGAGUCCAAAGAAAAUGGAUGCAAAACAAAUUAUUAAGGCAAAGAAAUUAUCGCCAAAAGGGAAUAAACCGCAGAGGCUCGUGAAAUUGGAUAGAAUGUUAUCGCAGAAAGCACCCCUAAAGAAGGCGAAAGAAGACAGCGAAGACCGAGACACACAGUACAUGGCGUACAAGAACACAAUAACUAUAGUCAACAAUUCGUAUGUCUGUCCGUUUCAUAACAGAAUUAGUAUAUACUACUGCUAUUAUUGUAAAGACCAAUUCACAAAUCCAAAUGAACUAAGAGAACACACACUUACACACAACCCUAAAGAAUUAUUCAAAAUGUCGAUAGAAAAUAAAAAAAUACCGAAAAUCGAUAUCACGAGAAUCGAUUGUCGACUAUGCACGGAAAAAAUCGAUGAUCUCGAUACGUUCAAAGAGCACAUCACUAGUGUACACAAAUUGAUGUUAUUUCCGGUGAAAAAUGAAUUUCUAAAGUUCCGUUUAACGCAAAAUAACUUAUCUUGUACUGAAUGUAAUAGUGUCUUUCCCUAUUUUGACUCUUUAAAAAAACACAUGAUAGACCAUUUUGGUACUUACACCUGUGACAUGUGCGGAGCCUGUUUCUUAGAAGAUGCGUCACUUCGAACGCAUAUAAAGUCCCAUUAUAAGGUCGAAAUGAAUUUUCCCUGCGAAAUAUGCGGGAAGAACUUAAAAUCCAAAUACAGUAAGCGUUUGCAUGUAGCCACGGUACAUGAAAAAAAAGCUACCGUCAAUUGCUACAAAUGUGACGCUUGCUUUCUCUCUUACGCGUUGAGAAAUCGUCAUUUGAUCGAAGUACACGGUGAUAACCGGACGUUUCCCUGUAAAUUGUGCGAUAAAGUGUAUAACAGGCGGAAAACAUUGAUGGAACACCAUCGUCGUAAUCAUUUGAAGGUGUUCCGACAUCAAUGUGACCUGUGCGAUCAGAGGUUUUAUUUGCCGUCACGGUUGAAAGAACAUAUGGCAACACAUACGGGGGAGAAAAAUUUUCGAUGCGAGUUUUGUGAUAAAAGUUACCCCCGGUUACAGUCGUUGCAAGAACAUAUUAGGUCGCAUAGUACUGAGCGUAGGUUAAAAUGUGAUGUGUGUAAUUCGACGUUCACGCAAACUAGUAGCUUGAAGAAUCAUAUGAAAAGCCAUCAUCAGGGGUUUCAAAUGGAGGUCGGGUUCAGCUGAGAGGGUUUAAAACACGGUCUAUAGUUUAGACUAAACAGAUAUAUACCUAGGUAAAGAAUGGGAAUGGCUGUUAAGUUUUUGAAGAAACUUAUUUAGGCGCGUUGAGAGUAAAAUUUCAAGGUCGUUUUGGCAAUAUCGUCAAGUCAUGGAGUAAGGCGACGAUUUUGGUAUCUGAAUCUUGUUAAAGAAGUUUCACUACUGACACGUGUGCUCGGCGCACUCGCUCUUUUUUCUUUAUGUAACCUCUCGGUAUAUUAAAAGUACCCUCAAUAAAAAUGAAUCAUGUCGUCUCUCUCACACGCAAGGAAAGUGCGUUAAAAAUUAACAUUUAUUUAUUCAA